AUGACAUACCACCCUCUACACCCAAAUAUUUCAAGCCAAGACCCAAAAACAAAUACCUUUCAACCCUUCACCAAAGGCCUUCAAUUGAUGAAGAAGAUGGGAUAUAUCCCAGGCGAAGGUUUAGGUCGUGACGGCAAAGGCAUGAAACAUCCAAUCCCCAUUAUGGAGAAGCAAAAUCGCUAUGGUUUGGGGUAUGAUCCAAGCAAGGACCUCCACGUCAUUAAGAAACCAUCCCUCACAUUGAAUGGGCAAUUUGUAUUACAACACGAUACCGAGCCCUACUACGAAUUUCCUGAACCAUGGUAUGAUCCAGUUAAGAAGCAGAGACUUCCAGGACUAGAAAUCUUCUUUGCUGAAGCUAGAGAUGAGGAAUUAAUCAAAAAAUGGUUAUACAAGGAACCUAAGCCUAAAGAGAACAUUGAUUGGAUCGAAUAUUUGAAGCAAGGAGUUUUGAGGCAAUUAUUUACGAACUUUGGAAAUGAAGGAAAUCUUGAUCCAAUGGCGCUUACUCUACCGGUUAAUACAAGGAUUGAGCGUGAAGGCAAUGUCCACCUCAAGAACAAAGAAGCUUACAUUCCACCCGUUUUAGGUGAUCCAAUCCCCAAGCAUCUUUCAAAUCCACACCUUACCCACUCCUCCGCCUCGGAAGGUUACGAAACCGAUAGUUCAUCGUCUAGCCAAUCAUCCCUUCAUACCCAGUCUUAUUAUUCUGAAAAUGAAGACCUUGAGUGUGUUAAUAAACCUAAAUAUAUUUGCAUGCAAGAAGUUAAUUUUGAUCAUAAUGAAUUAUCUGAUAAUGAAUCUUUCGAUGAGCCUAAGUCAUGCAUGAUGCCCAUAGAAGAGUCAAUAGUUGUAAAUAUUGGCACUGAUAGUAGUGUAAAAGAAGUAAAAAUAGGAUCCUCACUUUCCCCUGAGGAACAAACUGCAUUCAUUGCAUUGCUUAGGGAGUACGUAGAUGUAUUUGCAUGGUCAUAUGCAGAUAUGCCAGGUGUUGACCGUAACAUUGCCGAACAUCGCAUUCCUCUUUAUCCCAACAGCAAGCCGAAGCAACAAAAGCUCCGAAGGAUGAAACCGGAAGUUAGUCUAAAAGUCAAAGAAGAAAUCCAGAAACAACUCGAUGCCAAUUUUAUUAAACCAAUCAAACACCCUGAAUGGUUGGCUAACAUAGUGGUAGUUCCCAAAAAAUACGAAAGGGUCAGAGUAUGUAUCGACUUCAGGGAUCUAAACGCUGCAUCACCAAAAGAUUACUUCCCUUUGCCUCACAUUGACGUACUGGUGGAUAGUACCGCGGGGCACGCCAUGUUCUCAUUUAUGGACGGAUUCUCGGGCUAUAAUCAAAUACUCAUGGCAGAAGACGAUAUGUCAAAGACGUCAUUCAUCACCCCAUGGGGAACAUUUUGUUACCAAGCAAUGCCGUUCGGUUUAAAAAACGCAGGGGCCACUUAUCAACGAGCUGCAACAACAAUUCUACAUGACCUUAUUCAUGAUACGGUUGAAGUAUACGUGGAUGAUAUGAUUGUCAAAAGCCACGAUCGAGGGGAGCACAUAAGUGCAUUAAAGUCAUUUUUUGACAGGAUUAGAAAAUAUAAUUUGAGAUUGAAUCCUCAAAAAUGCGUAUUCGGAGUUACUUCUGGAAAACUGUUGGGCUUUAUUGUCAGCAAAGAUGGGAUCAAAGUCGAUUCCGAUAAAGUGAAAGCCAUUCAAGAACUUCCUCCACCAAGAACGGAAAAAGAAAUUCGGGGAUUCCUAGGAAGAAUUCAAUACAUUAGCAGGUUCAUAUCGCAACUGAGCACUCGAUGCGAACCGAUUUUCAAGCUGUUGAGGAAAAAUGUUCCAAAAAAAUGGAAUGAAGAAUGCCAAGCCUCAUUUGACUCAAUGAAGGAAUAUCUCUCUAAUCCUCCAGUAUUAAUGCCACCCAAGCCGGGAGAGCCUUUGAUUUUAUAUCUCACAGUCACAGAAACUGCCAUGGGAGCGUUAUUGGCUCAAUACCAAGAAGGCACCAAAAGAGAAAUUGCCAUCUACUACCUCAGCAAAAAGUUUUUGGAUUAUGAAACCAGAUACAAUCCUUUAGAAAAAGCUUGCAUCGCCCUCAUAUAUGCCACUAAGAAGCUACGACAUUAUCUACAGGCUCAUACAACUUUCCUUAUCUCAAGACUAGAUCCUAUCAAGUACAUUUUUGAGAAACCAAUUCUCACUGAGAGGUUCGCGAGAUGGCAUGCAAUGCUUUCAGAAUUUGAUAUUCAAUGUGUAAACCAGAAAUCCGUUAAAGGAAGGGCGAUAUCCGAAGCAUUGGCUGAUGGACCAAUCUCAGGAGAUGAAGUUGAUGACGAUUUUCCGGAUGAACAUUUACUCAACAUUGGGAUAUCUAGGUGGAAAAUGUACUUUGACGGAGCAUCUAAUAGAAGGGGAAAUGGCGCGGGUGUUUUGCUCGUUGAUCCUUAUGGAACUCAUAUCCCUUUUGCUGUGAAACUGAGUUUUUCAACGACUAAUAACACGGCGGAGUACGAAGCUUGCAUUUAUGGAGUUAAGGCAGCCUUAGCGGCAGGGGCAAAAUACCUCACAGUACAUGGAGAUUCUAACCUCAUUAUCUCUCAAACAAUUGGAGUAUGGAGAGUCCGAGAUGAGAGAUUGCAGAUGUAUACCGAGUAUCUUCAACAGUUCAUUCCGUACUUCGAAGAUAUUGACUUCAAGCAUCUUCCCCGAGAGCAAAACAGUUUUACGGAUGCGCUAGCGAACUUAGCGGUAAAUUUAACAUGGGAAAACAACGUAAAAAUUCGAGCUGUGACUAUUGAGGAAAAUGAUUCACCGGUAGUCAAUCUUGAACAUAUGAUUGCUGCGUUGACUUUGCAAGAUGAUAAAGAUGUCUGGUAUGCUGAUAUUAAAAUUUUUCUAAUCACCGGUCAAUAUCCUGAAGAGAGUCAUAAAAAAGACCAACUGGCUAUCCGGCGAUUGGCAGCUCACUUUGUAAUACUAAAAGAUAGAUUGUACCGCAAGGGUUUUGAUGGAACUCUACAAUUGUGUAUUGACGGAGAAGAAAUACAAAAGAUCAUGGGAGAAAUCCAUGGUGGUGAAUGCGGUCCGCACAUGAAUGGCAGGAUGCUAGCUCGAAAAAUCUUGCGAGCAGGUUAUUAUUGGACCACUUUAGAAAGCGAUUGUGUCCAUUUUGUGAGGACUUGCAAGAAAUGUCAAUUUUUCGCAAAUCUUAAUCACAUGCCACCUACCUCAUUACACAAUCUCACUUCCCCAUGGCCGUUUUCAAGUUGGGGUAUAGAUAUAAUCGGACAAAUUCACCCAAAAGCCUCGAACGGGCAUCAAUACAUUCUGGUUGCUAUUGACUAUUUCUCGAAAUGGAUUGAAGCCGCGUCAUAUGCAAAGCUAGGGGCAAAGCAAGUCUCCAAGUUUGUGAUCAACAACAUAAUAUGUCGUUACGGAGUGCCUUUUAAAAUUAUUUCUGACAACGACUCUCACUUCGAAGGGCACUUAAAAGAAACUCUGGAGAAAUAUAAGGUUAGACAUCAUCAGUCUUCCCCUUAUCGUCCUCAGACCAAUGGAGCAGUUGAAGCCGCCAACAAAACCAUUCGAACGAUAAUUGCAAAAAUGACCGAGAAAACCCGGGAAUGGCCUGAAAAAUUGCCAUAUGCCCUUUGGGGGUAUAGAAUUUCUAUUCGGACUCCAACAGGGACUACUCCGUAUUCUCUAGUUUAUGGAAUGGAACCUGUCCUUCCCGUCGAAAUCGAAAUUCAAUCACUCCGGGUUAUGAAUGAAAGCGAGAUAUCCGAAGAUCAAUGGUUUAAGGUUCGGUACGACGAACUGGCCCUAGCAGACGAACGAAGAUUGGAAGCCCUAAACAACAUCCAACUUUAUCAACGACGUAUCGCGCGAGCUUUCAAUAAAAGAGUGCGAGAUAGGGGCAUUCGAGAAGGAGAUUUGGUCUUGAAAGAGAAUCGGGCUCCAAUACAUGAUCCUCGUGGGAAAUUCAAGCCUAACUGGUCAGGCCCAUUUCUGGUCAAACACAUCACCUCAGCAGGGGCAGUGAAACUAGUCGAUCUUAACGGCGACGAAUUCCUCCAUUUUACCAACCUUGACCAGCUUAAGAAAUAUUACGUCUAG